CGCGGCGCCACGGCGCAUGUGUGAACCGACCACCGUGGCAAGAUGGCGGCGCGCAGGGCUUCAGGUGCUUGGACUUUGCAAACGGUUUAUUUCUUAUUGCUGGCUGUGCUGCCCACAUGCCUCAUGGCAGCAAAAGUGUCUCCACUGAUUGAGAAAGUUGAUGACCAAAAAGAACUGAAGAAGCUCAUGCGGACGAGAAAUAACAUAUUGGUGCUAUACUCCAAAUCAGCUGCCACCGCUGAACGACCGCUUAAACUACUCUCUGAUGUGGCAGAAGCAGUAAAAGGGCAGGGCACCAUUGCCUGGGUAGAUUGUGGGAACAGUGAAAGCCGGAAGCUGUGCAAGAAGAUGAAAGUGGAGCCGGCCUCAAAGAAAAAUGGCGUUGAGUUGUUGCAUUACAAGGACGGAACUUUCCAUGUUGAAUAUGAAAGGCCUGAAACGUUGAAGUCAAUGGUGGCAUUUAUGAGGGAUCCGGAGGGUGCUCCAUUGUGGGAAGAGAAUCCCGAGGCAAAGGACGUGGUUCACAUUGACAGUGAGAAGGAAUUCAGAAAAUUGUUAAAGAAGGAGGAGCGACCGAUCCUCAUGAUUUUCUACGCCCCAUGGUGUGGGGUGUGUAAGCGGAUGAUGCCAGCCUUUCAACAAGCUGCCACAGAGUUAAAGGGCGUCUAUGUAAUGGCUGGAAUGAAUGUCCAUCCAUCUGAAUUUGACGAAAUCAAACAGGAAUUUAACAUUAAAGGAUAUCCAACCUUCUGUUACUUUGAGAAGGGAAAGUUUCUAUUUAAUUUUGAAAACUACGGAGCUACUGCCCAAGAUUUUGUUGAGUGGAUGAAAAAUCCGCAAGCAGUGCAGCCAAAAGCCCCUGAAGUCCCAUGGGCAGAGCAGGAGUCUGCAGUGUCUCAUUUGACCGACGAUAGCUUCGAUGGGUUUGUGAAGGAACAUUCAUCAGUGCUCGUUAUGUUUUAUGCGCCGUGGUGUGGUCACUGUAAAAAGAUGAAGCCAGAGUAUGAGGAAGCCGCUGAGGUGCUGAAUAACGACAGUGAUAGUCCAGGUGUGUUGGCAGCAGUCGACGUGACAACUCAGAAGUCCUUGGGAGAAAGGUAUCAAAUCACUGGCUUCCCAACACUCAAGUACUUUGAAAACACCGAAGAGAAAUGGACACUUCCACAUUUGCGGACCAAGGACAAGAUUAUCGAGUGGAUCUACAAUCCUCAAGCCCCUCCACCACCGGAACAGUCCUGGGACGAGCAGCAGACCAGUGUCGCCCACCUCGGUGCUGAAGACUUUAAGGAGUUCAUGAAGAAAAAGAAGCACGCCUUGGUCAUGUUCUAUGCCCCUUGGUGCCCUCACUGUAAGAAUACUAUCCCACAUUUCACAACAGCUGCUGACCAUUUUAAGGAAGAACGAAAGAUUGCCUACGCUGCAGUCGAUUGCACUAAAGGACAGAAUCACGAGUUAUGCAAACAGGAAGGUGUGGAGGGAUACCCCAUGAUCAGCUAUUACAAUUAUGGCAAAUUUGUGGAGAGAUACAGUGGGGAAAGAGCGGAAGCUGCUUUCAUUAACUACAUCAGAGGAAUGAGAGGGCAAGAUCACGAGAAGAUUCCGAAGAGGAAAGAGGAGUUGUAACAUUGCAUACCUCGAGCUUGCCACUGCACUGUGAAAGGGCCCUAUUUCCAUCACUACUGUACUGAAACAUCACACUUUCUUAGACUGAGAGCUUUGUUUUUUUUAAAUGAAGAGUGCCCAAUUAUAAAAAAAAAAAUGUUGUAACAGUGGACCACUCUCAGUUCUUUUUUUUAAAAGGACUGCACACUAUUAUAAGAAGAAUACAACUAGAGUUUCAGUGCCACCUUCCUCACUGUUGUGUCCAAGUACAAUGCUUGUAACUAGUGAUCGACUGGGUACAAACAUGUCCUGGUGCCGGUAUUGUCCGUGCCCCUACUGAUUGCAAUAUUCCAGUUUUAGAUCACUUUUUAUCAAGAGAAAAAAAAGUAGGGGUUCAAUAAAUGCAGGAUAAAGCCAUUCCUUCAAACAGUUUGGAAGACGAAGUGUAAUUAUGUGCCGAACAUAGAGCGAGGCUUAAAGCGUCUGCCUUAUUAACAUCGCCAGACUAGACCAACCUUGUACUGGACCUAUUCCACUCGAGAAACAUUGGAACUGGACUUCAUCCGUCGAACUCUAGCUCAUGGUCUAUGCAAAUAUUUUGUAGUUGCAGAUUUUCUAUAUUAAGGUCCAUAAAUUCGGCUGAGGUGGCCUAAUGUUGACAGGUUUUUCUUUUGGGGCUGGGAUGGGGGAUUUGGGGGGUGGGGUUAACGUCUGGGCAGGGUUGGAAGCGGUUAAAAGUUUUAAUCGAGUUGCUCAGGGAUGGCGCAAGGAAGUUCCAAAAAAAAACAGCAAGUCAAAUAUAAUUAUUUUUGAACUCUGUGAUUAUUUAGGGUGCUUCAGAAUACUUGCAGCUAAAUUAAGCAGGUAGAAAAUCAGAGAAAAUGGAAGUGAUCAUGGGUAUAAUUUUUGCCUUUGCAUAUUGGUCCAGUAAUGACUGAUUAUUUUUGGAUUGCAUGUUGAAUAUGAAUAUGGAAGAUGAUCUUAUCAAAGAAAUCUAAUAAAAGGUUCCUGU